AUGAUAGCUUUGGGAAUUCAGGUAACAGAAUUCUCUCAUCCAAGAAUAUCUGCUUGUGUAGCAGUUCUUCGGGCUGGAGCCCAGGGCGGCCGCGACGGCGGGGAGGCGCAGGGGGCAGCCCGCGCAAGCCGAGGCGGGGGCCCCAUCAGGAACAGGCGGGCCGUGGCCCGCGGAGGCAGCAGCAACCGACCCGCGCCCUACAGACGACCAAAACAACUUCCAGACAAGAGGCAGCCCGACGUGUUCCGCAGUGACUUUGGAGGCGAGUCCGGAGCUGAGACCGGGACCAAGUUGCUGAUCUCCAAUCUGGAUCCUGGGGUCUCGGAUGCCGAUAUUCAGGAACUGUUUGCUGCCUUUGGAACUCUGAAGAAGGCAGCCGUGCAUUAUGAUCGCUCCGGGGGAAGCUUAGGAACAGCAGAUGUUCACUUUGAGCGAAAAGCCGAUGCUCUGAAGGCCAUGAAACGCUAUAAUGGUGUCACCUUGGAUGAUAGACCCAUGAACAUCCAGCUUGUUCUAGCAGAGACUCAUCAACAACGAAGACCCGCACAGAGUGAAAAUCGAGGUGGAAUGACCGGGAGCCGCGGCUCUGGAGGCCGCCGCCGGAGAAGCGGCCCCGGGAGAGGCGGCCCUGGAGGCAAGCGAGGACCAGAACGAGGGACUGCAAGAAAUUCCAAGCAGCUUUCCAGAGAAGAACUAGAUGCACAACUGGACGCUUAUAAUGCCAUGAUUGAAUUCGAGUUAAACUAGCCAGCAUAUUCCCUGCAUGGAACAGGACCCACGAUUCUCCUUCUUUACCCUUUUUGCUGGAAGGCAGAAUAGAGAUCUGUGGCUCCGCUAUUCAUGAUGGAGUUGUUUCUUUUUUGUUUCGAAAUAGGAUUUAAAACUCAUGGAAAGGUUUCUUUUUUUUUUUUUUUUUUGAGGGGGGGGUGUGUUUGUUUGCUUUAGUUCUGAAACAGACCUGUUUUGUACCAAGUUAUUUUGGGGAUCAAUUUUCCUGGUUGCUGUGGUGAAGAAGGUGGCGUUUUCACCUUUGUCAUCAUAAAGCAGAAAUGUGGGUAGAAGUGGAACUGUUUGCUUCAUCCCACUGCUAGUGGGCUAUGUAGGUGGAGUAGAACUUUCCCGUGCAAGUUGGUCCAUUUGGGAGUAGACUAGAUGAAUAAUCCCCAUCGGGAUCCAUUCCUACACUAGACUUUCAAACCAACUGACUGAGAUGCUCAAGCCCUCUCCAGUGCUAUCAAUGAUCGUCAGGAUCAGAUCGAUAGUUUAGUUGAAGUGGUCUUGCAAAGAGGCCUGGACUUCCUCACUUCAGAGCAAGGAGGGAUAUGCUUAGCCCUCCAGGAACGCUGUUGCUUCUGUGCAAACAAAUCUGGUAUUGUGAGAGACAAAACUAGGAGGCUCCAGGAAGAUUGGAUUAAGCAGCGCCAAGAACUGUUUGAUAACCCUCUUUGGAGUGGGCUCCCUUCCUUGGGCCCUCAAUUGGCUUUCUUUUCCUUUGGUCUUUUGGACCCUGGGCCUUCCGGAAAGUUACAUCCUUUGUAAAAUCCUGAAUAGAUAGUGCACUGGCAAAACCCAUCGACAU